GUGUGCCUGCUUUGAGUUUCUUUUCUCAAAAAAUGAAAGAAUAUUGUUUUGGACCUCUGCCUGCCUGCCCUUUUUGACUCUGUGUCGGGAUUCAGCUCUCUGCGUCAGCGUCGCCGCUCCUUUUUGACAGUUAUAAGGCUAAUUUCAUGCCAGCACAGUGUGUGAAUCAACUCGCUGAGACUAAAGCUCUGCAAGGAGAGUUGGGGCGACACUGGAGGACUUUAGAGAAAACAAUAGACACUACAGUCUGUUCAGAGACUGGAGGACAGACGCUUUAAAGACCGCGCUGUGGUCAUCUCAUUCACGAGACUGACAGACAGAAGCAGAGGAGUCCACAUGCGGAGGGAUCGUCGCCAUUAAUCCGGUUUGAUGAAGCUUGAAGACAAGAAGUGUUUCUCUACAAAGGAUGCUGGACCCCAAGGACUGCGGAGUGACAAUGACGUCCACUCAUAAGAUUUCGUUUUCCAUAAUCGAUAUAUUGGAUCCUAAGAAAUUCAACAGCAAAAGGGUGAACGAACUUUCCUUCGUCACAGAGAAGUUUCCUGUGCCAAAUGCAGAGGGAACAAGUCUGGAGUCGGACAGCGCUGCAGGCGGAGACUUCAGAGUUGAGCGCAGGCAAGCAGCUGAAGAAACCGGAGAUGCUGUAGUCUGCAGGCAUCAGGCAGUUGAUGCUGACCCUCUUCUGCUCUCCCCAUCGGCUGAAUCAGAGUCCUGUCUCACCGGUGAGCAGGACAAUGGAGAGUCAGCGGUCAUCCUGCAGGAACCCUCACCGCACAAACGACGGCGCCCGGACCAGGCCUGCGCCAAACCACGACGCGCCAGAACAGCGUUCACCUACGAGCAGCUUGUAGCUCUGGAAAACAAGUUCCGCACAACUCGCUACCUGUCCGUAUGUGAGAGACUAAACCUGGCCCUGUCCUUGAGUCUGACCGAAACCCAGGUGAAAAUCUGGUUCCAGAACAGGAGGACCAAAUGGAAAAAGCAGAAUCCCGGGGCGGACAGCACCUUGCAGCCCGGUUCCAACUCACUGGUGAACGUCAGGCCAAGCCCGUCCACGUGUGGGUCGAGCCCGGUCAGCUUCCACCAAACUUUCCCCAGCUUCAGCUCCGGGAAUGUGAUCUUCCACACGGCCGGUGGUGUUCCGCUUCCGUCCACCGGAGGGCUCCUGCAUCCCUUCAUACCCAGUGGUUUCGGCCAGCCGACUUAUUUUAAUCCACAUCUAUGAAGGAAGCCAAGACUGACUGAUCGGGCAAAUCCUUAUGGGAGCAAAAUAACUCCUCUAAACUAAACUUUCACUGCCCAAAAUCACUUUCAUUGUUGCAUUAAUGCCUGAUCAUGUUCCAAAACCGAGGAGAAAAACAAUCCCAGCUUUUGCCAUUACUUUCUCAUGAAACUGCAAAUAAGCUGUUGUCUGUCUUUAGUCUCUCGUCUCGGACCUUUUCCAGAACUUGAACAUCUUAUCUAAAGGCCAAAUAAGUGAUCUGUGACUGAGAUCAGCAAUUAUGUAAACAUUAGUGUUCCUUUAUAGCUCUGUGGAACGACUGAACCACUAUGCACAGACUGUCUGUCCUUGUGUUUGCUGAAACACCUGCUCAUGUCUGACAGCUCAUACAGUAUGAUUUUCUGCAUCUGUGUGUUGUCUUACAUCUCAAACCGCGGCAUAUUGCAGCCAUCCAAUACCCAGCUGUGUUUCUACCUCUCACGGGCUCGCACAGCUUAUCUCUGUUGCCAUUUAUACAACAUUAUCCGUGUAACUUAAUUAAAAAAACAUAAAA